AUGCACCAUUGCUAUGCAGAAAUUCGACACCAUACAACAGAGUACAAGAACAUCUUUCACAGUUCCACAAUAACAGAUAUCAUCCUUCACCAAGACCUAGCUAGCAAAAUGACCACCCUCUUAGUCUAUGACUUUGAAGCAGCAAUCUCGCUUGGUCAAUUCGAAGAUCUUCAAACAAUCAUAGGCAACGCGAAACUGUAUAAAGAUAUAGAAGCCUUUAAGUGCCUGGGUGAUAUUCUGCUGCAGUACCCAAUUCCAGCCCAAGUCCUUACCACAACGCUCAAAACAAUCAUCAACGAAAUCCACAGACUAGAACAAUUUAACGCCGCAAAACUAUGUAGAUAUCUGCGCAUCAUCCUCCAAACUACCGUCUCGGUUAAUGAUACUGCGGCACUCCAAAUCAUCGGUCAAAUAAUAAAAGUCGCUCACGAAAGCCGCGAGGCGGGCACUUUGUUACCUCGGGCGGACCUGGAGUGGAUAGCCGCCAUCACGUUCAACCAUGCGAUUGAUUACUAUGCUCUCUCAGAAGAGACGUCCUGUAGAGUCUGGGCUGCCAAGUCUAUGGAAUUGGCCGAAUACCUAGAUGACAGAGGGAGGCUGGCAAAGAUAUUGAGGGACAGGUUUGGCCAACUACGUUUUGAAAGUGAAAUAUGUUCAUGGCAGGUGGAUAAAGCGGCAUCAUAA